AUGUACGUGGAAGAUCUGGAUCAACGAGAUUGGGAUGAGUAUGCCGAACGACUUAUCUUCGCGAUCAAUACCGCAAGAGAUCGGAUCCGAGGCGAAACACCUUUCUACAUGAUACAUGGUUGGGAUCCUAGAUCUACCCUGGAAGCUGUGAUCCCUGUGGGGAGUACUCGCAAGCACGAUCGAGAUCCCAGAAGGUGGCGGUAUCGGAUGCAGAAAUAUUAUCAGCAGGCCAGGGAACAGGUGAACCAGCGCCUACGAGAAGCGAUCGCGGAUCGGGCCGAUACGCAUAAUGAUCUAGCACGACCGCACCCUGUAGUCUGGAUCAAGGGUCUGGCUAUACCUAGAUCGAGGAAUGCGAAAAAGCUGGCACACUUAUGGCAUGGCCCAUUCCGCGUUGCCGAGAAGAUCGGAGAGUACGCUGUG